AUGAGUGCCCUUUGUCGCAUCUUAUUAGAUUGGGGUUUAGAAGUUUACGGUAGUGAUUUACGGAUUGAGCCACCUGUGGGGCCAGCACUUGAAUCUUGGGGAGUACCUGUUUCACUUGGUUAUGAACAACAGACACUCGCUUUGGAUACAGAGUUGGUGGUUGUUGGUAAUGCGGUUACUGCUAGUAACGUAGUUGCGAAGGAAGCGCAAUUACAUGGUAUGUCAGUUACACAUAUGCCUGCGUUAUUAAAUCGUCUACUAGGAACAACACGUCAACGUAUCGUGAUUACUGGGACUCAUGGGAAAAGUACAACAAGUGCAAUUGUUGCAUGGUUGCUGAAGCAGGCAGACAAAGACCCUGGCUGGUUUAUAGGUGCGACACCUGAUUUUGGUCCUUCUGGUUGUCUUGGUAGCGGUCCUUUUGUGAUUGAAGGUGAUGAAUAUAAUGCAUCAUUUUUUGACCGUGAUGCAAAAUUUUUUCAUUAUGCCCCUAAUUUUUUGGGUAUUACUAAUGUUGAAUUUGAUCAUGCUGAUCUAUAUAAGGAUCUAGCAGAGAUUGAAGUGGCGUUUCGUAAAUUAUUACAAAGUAUGCCUGUUGGAGGUGUUGUUGUUUUAGCUGACGAUGCCAAACGUUUUUUGAAUGAUGUACCAGAGCAUGUUGAAGGCUUUGUAUUAUCUGAGUGUGGCUUUUUAUUGCAGGAAUCAAAUCGUGACGGUGUCGAAUUUAUGUUAGCUGGCCAACGUCUUUCCUUUCCUCUCCCGGGACACCACGAAGCGGUUGAUGCAGCAAUAGCAGCGUUGUUAGUCCAUCGUAUUGGUUUAGAUUGGGAACAGAUUAAAGCCGGUCUUGCAAGUUAUCCUGGUUUGCGUUUACGUCAAGAGGUUUUGUUACAUAAACCAGUACGUAUUAUUCGAGAUUUUGGUCACCAUCCAACGGAAGUGCGAGUGACUCUUGCAGGUUUACGUGAUGCUUGGCCAGAGCAGCCGAUUACCGUUGUUUUUGAACCACGCUCCUAUACAAGUCGUACGGAUCGUUUUCGUUUAGAUUAUGUAGAUGCCUUUUCUGCUGCUGAUCGUGUUUUGAUUGCGCCGGUAUAUAACCCCUCUACCUUAAAAGAACCAGCGCUUAACACCUAUGCAUUAGCAGAUGCCAUUGGCAAUCAGGCAACGGCUUUUGCAAAAUAUGAGAUAUUAUGGGAAACCAUUUGUUCUUUGGAUAAUCGUCAAGGUGUUGUUAUCUUUUUUAGUAAUGGCACGAUGAAUCAGUUUCCAGAGCGGUUUGUUGAGGAGGUUAUGCGAUGA